AUCAAAGCGAACCCGGGCCAGCGCAAGGAUCUCCGAGUUGCGAGUGUGCUGAGGCUGGGACUGUCACUCAUUCUCCGAUCAGCGCGUGAACGCAGCUCGGCAGCCGCUGGCAGGAAACAAUUCUGCAAAAAUAAUCAUACUCAGCCUGGCAAUUGUCUGCCCCUAGGUCUUUUGCUCUGCCGCCGUCCACACUCUGCAAGGGGGGGGCACAGAAUUUAUCGCGGCAAGAACAUCCCUCCCAGCCAGCAGAUUACAAUGCUGCAAACUAAGGAUCUCAUCUGGACUUUGUUUUUCCUGGGAACUGCAGUUUCUCUGCAGGUGGAUAUCGUCCCCAGCCAAGGAGAAAUCAGCGUUGGAGAAUCCAAAUUCUUCUUAUGCCAAGUGGCAGGAGAUGCCAAAGACAAAGACAUCUCCUGGUUCUCCCCCAACGGAGAGAAGCUCACCCCGAACCAGCAGCGGAUCUCCGUGGUGUGGAAUGAUGACUCCUCCUCCACGCUCACCAUCUACAACGCCAACAUUGACGACGCCGGCAUUUACAAGUGUGUGGUCACUGGCGAGGAUGGCAGCGAGUCAGAGGCCACGGUCAACGUGAAGAUCUUCCAGAAGCUCAUGUUCAAGAAUGCACCAACCCCACAAGAGUUCAGGGAGGGGGAAGAUGCCGUGAUCGUGUGUGAUGUGGUCAGCUCCCUCCCUCCGACCAUCAUCUGGAAACACAAAGGCCGAGAUGUCAUCCUGACGAAAGACGUCCGAUUCAUAGUCCUGUCCAACAACUACCUGCAGAUCCGGGACAUCAAGAAAACAGAUGAGGGCACUUAUCGCUGCGAGGGCAGGAUCCUGGCACGGGGGGAGAUCAACUUCAAGGACAUUCAGGUCAUUGUGAAUGUGCCGCCCACCGUCCAGGCCAGGCAGAGUAUCGUGAAUGCCACCGCCAACCUCAGCCAGUCCGUCACCCUGGUGUGCGACGCCAAAGGCUUCCCAGAGCCCACCAUGAGCUGGACAAAGGAUGGGGAACAGAUAGAGAACGAGGAAGACGAGAAGUACGUCUUUAGCGAUGACAGUUCCGAGCUGACCAUCAGGAAGGUGGACAAGAGCGACGAGGCGGAGUACGUGUGCAUCGCCGAGAAUAAGGCCGGAGAGCAGGAUGCGUCCAUCCACCUCAAAGUCUUCGCAAAACCCAAAAUCACCUACGUGGAGAACCAGACUGCCAUGGAGCUGGAGGAACAAGUCACUCUGACCUGCGAAGCCUCGGGAGACCCCAUUCCCACCAUCACCUGGAGGACCUCUACCCGGAACAUCAGCAGCGAAGAAAAGGCUUCGUGGACUCGACCAGAGAAGCAAGAGACUCAGGAUGGGCACUUGGUAGUGCACAGCCACGCCCGCGUGUCGUCCCUGACCCUGAAGAGCAUCCAGUACACGGACGCGGGAGAGUACGUCUGCACGGCCAGCAACACCAUCGGCCAGGACUCCCAGUCCAUGUACCUGGAAGUGCAGUAUGCCCCCAAGCUGCAGGGCCCCGUGGCCGUGUACACGUGGGAGGGGAACCAGGUGAACAUCACAUGCGAGGUAUUUGCCUACCCCAGUGCCACCAUCUCGUGGUUUCGAGACGGUCAGCUGCUGCCGAGCUCCAACUACAGCAAUAUCAAGAUCUACAACACCCCUUCCGCCAGUUAUCUGGAGGUGACCCCAGACUCCGAAAACGAUUUCGGAAAUUACAACUGUACAGCAGUGAACCGCAUUGGACAGGAGUCUUUGGAGUUCAUCCUUGUCCAAGCAGACACCCCAUCUUCGCCGUCCAUCGACCAGGUGGAGCCAUACUCUAGCACAGCACAGGUGCAGUUUGACGAGCCCGAGGCCACCGGUGGGGUGCCCAUCCUCAAAUACAAGGCGGAGUGGAGAGCCGUGGGCGAGGAAGUGUGGCAUUUCAAGUGGUAUGAUGCCAAAGAAGCCAACAUGGAAGGUAUCGUCACCAUCGUGGGCCUGAAGCCUGAGACCACGUACGCUGUGCGGCUGGCGGCCCUCAACGGCAAGGGUCUGGGUGAGAUCAGCACAGCCUCCGAGUUCAAGACGCAGCCAGUUCGUGAACCCAGCGCACCUAAGCUCGAAGGGCAGAUGGGAGAGGACGGAAACUCCAUUAAGGUGAACCUGAUCAAGCAGGAUGACGGCGGCUCCCCCAUCAGGCACUACCUGGUCAAGUACCGAGCGAAGCUCUCUUCCGAGUGGAAACCAGAGAUCCGGCUCCCGUCUGGCAGUGACCACGUCAUGCUCAAGUCCCUGGAAUGGAAUGCGGAGUAUGAGGUCUACGUGGUGGCUGAGAACCAGCAGGGGAAGUCCAAGGCGGCUCACUUUGUGUUCAGGACCUCGGCCCAGCCCACGGCCAUCCCAGCCAACGGCAGCCCCACAUCAGGCCUGAGCACUGGGGCCAUUGUGGGCAUCCUCAUUGUCAUCUUCGUCCUGCUCCUGGUGGUGGUGGACAUCACCUGCUACUUCCUGAACAAGUGCGGCCUGCUCAUGUGCAUCGCCGUCAACCUGUGCGGAAAGGCGGGGCCCGGAGCCAAGGGCAAGGACAUGGAGGAGGGCAAAGCCGCCUUCUCGAAAGAUGAGUCCAAGGAGCCCAUCGUGGAGGUGCGGACCGAGGAGGAGCGGACCCCAAACCAUGACGGAGGGAAACACACAGAGCCCAACGAGACCACACCGUUGACAGAGCCCGAGCUGCCUGCUGACACCACAGCCACUGUCGAGGACAUGCUGCCUUCUGUUACCACCGUCACCGCUAACUCUGACACUAUCACCGAAACCUUUGCCACUGCUCAGAACAGCCCCACCAGUGAGACCACCACCCUGACCUCCAGUAUUGCCCCCCCGGCCACGGCCACACCUGACUCAAACUCUGUGCCCGCCGGCCAGGCCACCCCUUCCAAGGGGCCCGGCGUCGCCACCUCCUCCCCAACCCCCGCUUCAGCCCCCAAGGUCGCCCCCCUUGUUGACCUGAGCGACACUCCGAUCUCAGCCCCUGCUGCCAACAAUUUAUCUUCUAGUGUCCUGGCUAACCAGGGGGCAGUGCUCAGCCCGAGUGCCCCUGCCAGCGUUGGGGAGGCCUCCAAGGCCCCUCCAGCGAGCAAGCCGGCCCCUGUGCCAGGGCCCGCCACGGCCGGGGCAGCCAGUCCCCUAGCUGCAGUGGCCACCCCUGCCACGGAAGCCCCCCAGGCCAAGCAGGAGGCUCCCAGCACCAAAGGCCCGGAUCCCGAGCCCACCCAGCCCGGCGCUGCGAAGAGCCCGACCGAGGCAGCCACGGGCCUCACUAGCCCGAAGAGCGAGGCUGCCUCCGUCAGCGCCACAAACCCUGCCCAGGGCGAGGACUUUAAAAUGGACGAAGGGAACUUCAAGACCCCAGAUAUUGACCUUGCAAAGGAUGUUUUUGCAGCCCUGAGCUCUCCUGCUCCCGCCGCUGGGGCCAGUGGACAAGCCCCCGAGCUUGCUCCUUCCACUGCCGACAGCUCUGUUCCGCCUGCACCAGCAAAGCCCGAGAAGGGCCCAGUAGAAGCAAAGUCGGAGUGCCAGGAGACAGAAACGAAGCCAGCGCCUGCCGAAGUCAAGACGGUCCCCAACGACGCCACACAAACAAAGGAGAACGAGAGCAAAGCAUGAUGGGUGACAAGAAAUGAGCAGAUCAAAGUAAAAGUGACACCACAGCUUCACCAGAGCAUUCCCAAUAUCUCACACACGCACACAUGCACACACACGCACACACAUCUCAUUCCUCUAGUGUCUUUUGCCUUUAAAAAAAAAAAACACUAAACAGAUAAACAUGGGAUCUCCUUUUUGUAGGUUUAUAGAAAGGGUUCCUUUGCUGCGCGCACUCACUUGUAAGAAAAUGAGACAAAAAGGUUAAACCCAUAGCCAAACUAGGACACUCUGUUCCCUGAAACCAUUUAAGAAUCAAACAAAAGGACCCCAAAUUAAGAAUCUAGGAAGCUCAGAAAAAAAAAAAAAAAAUCUAGGUUCAGGAAGACCGCACUUGGUGUUGCCCAAUUGGCACAGACCAGUUUCAGAGAAAUACUUCCAGGCACUAAGACUAACGAAUGAACAAAGUCCAAGUUUAUUUUUAUACUUUGAGUCGAGUUUGAACUCUGUAAAGCCCCAUAAAUAAGUUAUAAUUUCUGUUCACUUUGUAUUUGUUCAGUAUGCAAAGUGUGUCCCCCUUGCUAGCUGAAUUCAAUUCCCACGUAGACUCCCAUUUUGUAGGAAGAAUGCCAAAUCGCAACUUCUGGGGGGGAGAUCUCGGUUUGCAAUAUUCUGAUUUCUUUUUCUUUCCUUUUCUUUCUCAUUCUUUUUUUUUUCCUUCCUUUCUGCCAACUUUGUUUUCCAAUGUUUACAAGUUGACAAAUGUUUGACUUUGGUUGUGUUUAAAUGUCCGUGUAAAAUCGCUGCCUUUUUUUUUUUUUUCCUUUAAGUUACAAACACUGCCUGGAGGCGGGUAGGGUCAUCACAGGCUUGCUUUCGCACGGGACAACUUUACAAAAUAUGAUUGUUUACAGUGGCUCUUCCCCCCACACACACCCCCUCCACUUUCUGAUUUGAAAUUUUUGCCUGUGUGCAACUCAGGUAAAAACCCAUCUCGUUCUGGAGUGGUUUUGGUUUUUUUUUUGGGUGGGAGGGUUGGUUCUCAGUUCUUUUUGUAUUUCCUUGGGAGUUAGAGACCACUUUCUGAUUAGCCACCACCUGCCUGUAUCUGUGGAAAAGGGUCUGCCCCCACCUCCAGGCGUCCAUGUCCUUCCUUUUGAAGGACUCCUUAGGCUUUGUUGAAUGAAGCAGAGAAGAUUGUAUAGUUGGGGCUGGUCUUGGUGAACACACAUUUUUACCCCAAACAUCCCCUUUUUGUAGAAAGCCAAACAAAAUAUAUACACACAAUUUCCUUUUGAGCCCAGAAUCUAGAUUUGAGCGGAAGAGCAUUUGUGCUUCAGGGAAUUAGUGUCUUUUUUUGGAAAUCUGUUGAAGUAAAGUAACAUCGGCCUUCUGUUCAUUUAGGCAGCAUUUAUAGAAACAAAAGAGAGAGAGAAAAAAAAAAGAAAACAACCUGCUGUCUGGAGUCAUAAACACAACUUUCCUGGAUUGGAAACCAAGUGGGGGGAAAAAUACAGAAACUUAAAGGGGGAUGGGAGGGGGGAGAAGGGAAAAGCCAGCCCUUUGUAUAGAAAUUUUGCUUUCUUUUAUCAUUCUACUUUAGAAACUGCAAGCUUGUGCACUGUGGAUGCGUGAAUAUUUUAGUGUGAAACGUGUUUUUGUCAUAGUAUUGAAAUAAAAUUUCAACAUAGUUUGGUUGUGGAAGGUAUAGCAGAUAGUUCAGAAAAAAAAAAUAUUCAGGAAACAAAAAUAACUCUUAAAAGGAAUUAAAGCCUUUAAACAAAGAAAAUGAAAUAAAAGCAAUGAUGAUGACACUGAUAAUGCUAAGGAAACAGCAAUUCAGCCCUCCGGCAUGCGUUCCUGUCCCAAGGUACAAACAGCAAGAGGUUAGGGUGGCCAGACCGCCCCUGAGUCCGUCCCAUGGGCCACCCACCCCCAUGUUCUGACAUUUCUGCAGUCUGAUCCGUGGUGAUCCGCUACGAUUAUAAUUUCAAACUGUGAAAAAUAAUGGUCUUGUCAUUUGCUAAAUGUGGGGUUAUUUUGCAUUUUCUCAGCUCCUGGGGAUGGAAAUGGAGGAGCCAGUGUACCCAGCUCUGGCCCCCUUGAUUGUAGGGCCUUUGCACAAAUCUCUGGUUUCAAAUGCACAGGCCCUCAGGCACGAGUAAUGAACGCGCAGACAGUUCUUAGAGCACACAGAAGAAUAGGAGCUCCUGGGGGUCUGAGACAGGAGGACCCAGCAGGGCGUGGGGGGCCCUUCCCACUGCUGGGCUGUCCACGGACUCAGCUGUUCAUCUUCUGAUGGCUGUGGUACUGACUACCCAAGCCAAGCCCACACUAUCCCUCAUUGAGACUGUGCAUCUCAUGCCAAGUGGUUGGGCCAGAUGCAACAACCUGGGCUCUGAUGGUUUGGAAGAGGAAAAGGUAUAGCCGACCCUCAAGUAACCCGGCCCAGGGCAGCUGAUCCUCCCCACCAUCACCCACCCAGAACCGGCUCCGCCAUCAACUGGCACCAAGACUCUGCCCACCUUUUGGUCUGCCUCUCUCAUUAUACAUAGAUUUGUCUCUGCACGCAUGAGCUUUCCUUUCUUUAAAAAAAAAAAAAAAUUAAAAAUACUAAAAAAAGCAAAACAACAAAAACAAAACAAAAAAAGAGCAAAAAGCUUUCUCUAAAAUCAAAGAGAGAGUCACUUUAUUUUCAAGAUGUUCUAUCUUUUAUGUUAAGAGAUAAAAGCUUAUAGUUUUCCUUUUUUAAUUUUUUGAAGGCGGGAUCAACUCUACCAGUUUGCAGUGUGUAUGUGUCUAUAUGUGUAUGUGCCAUACAUAUGUAUUCACGUAACCAGCAGCAUGGCCACGUUCUGCGGGAGGGGGCGCACCCUGUGCCACAUGCAGGUCUCUGAGUCCUGGGGGGCCGUAGUGUAUGUAGUGCAGCUUCUGAAGUGGGACCGUUUUCACACUUUUCUAUGGAGCCCUUCCGUCCCGGGCUGUCACUCGAGGCUGUCUGUCUGGAUGGUGGUUUUCAGACCUCCAUGAACAUCCCUACCCAGCAUUCUGUACUUCGGGGGCCUUCUCUCUUGUUAUAAACUUUUUACCGAGUGAAACAUCAAUACCACCUUUGUUUCCAUUCUCACUGGUGUAAAUACUGAGUACUAACUGAGAAUUUUGACUUUGCAUUCUGUCAGAAUACUUGUGUUCAAUAAAAAUUGAAAGAAAAGAAAAAU